AUGAAGCGGAAUCGCAUCCAGUUCGAGGCCAAUGGGGAGCACUCGUCUUCUUCCCCUAUCGGAAAUGGCGGUGUUGGAGGAGGUGGAGGAGCAGGCAAUGGAGCGCCAGACGAUGAAGCGCAGGGCCCCUUUCGACAUAUACCCAAGAUCUCGCGCAAGAUCCGCGCCUGUACUGAAUGUAAGCGACACAAGGUGCGCUGUGAUAUGAAGCCCGGGAGUCAGACGUGCCAGCGAUGCCAGCGAAUGGGGUUGCAAUGCGUCGUCAACAAGAGCCUGCAGACGUUGUUGGAUGACGAAGCAGAAUGGAAGGGCAUGAUGGAAUCGGCCAUAUCGGAUUUGUUGCGAAAAGCUCAGCUACCCGAACUGUCCUAUUACCAUGGAAGCGACCCAUCGACGCCCCAGACUCGACUGACUGAGAACGAUCGCAAACUAUCUACCGUUUCCGUCGAAGCCACACCCCAUGCCGAGGACAACAGCGGCACGCCGCAGAAUAAUGGGAGCGGCCAUUCUCGUCGUCCGAGUUCGGUCUACCGAUCACAUCGAGAACAGUCGCACUAUUCCCCAGAAAGAGAAGAACCCGGGACGGCAACUAUAGUGACAGCCCCCAUGGGCAGUCUUUUUGAAGUCACCCAGCUGAGUCAUUCUCGAGAAAACUCGCCCACGCGCCAGUAUGCUCCGGAUCGUUUGGUCGCUGCCGAUUUCAUAUCUCGGGGCGUUGUGGACCCUCUCGAGGCCGAAGAACUUUUCACCUACUUUUACCGACGAUUAAAUCAUUAUUUAUGGGAUGGAAUGGUCAUGCCUCAUACAAGACUGAUAUCGGUCCGACAAUCCUCCACACUCCUUACUUCUGCCGUUUUGGCUGUAGCAGCUCUUCAUAUUCCCGGUAGGGAACGGACAUUCGAUACUUGCUAUGCAGAGUUUGCUAGGCUUGCAUCCGAGUCAAUGUUGAAUCGGCACCACAGUCUUGAUGAUCUCCGAGGUCUGUGCAUUGGAGCGUUUUGGCUAUCUGAUGUCAGCUGGAAGUUGUCUGGCUACGCAGUCCGCAUCGCGACAGAACGCGGUCUUCACCAGUGUUACCGUAAAGCUAUGCAGGGAUUGCCUGAACACAGAGAACCCGCUCAGCUGUGGUAUAUUCUCUAUGUUCUGGAACAUCAUUUUUCAAUUGCAUAUGGCCGACCACCCAUCAUUCACGAAGAUGUUUGCAUUGCAAAACACGAAACUUUUCUGAACAUGCCCGGGGUUGGACAGCGGGAUACGCGAAUGCACAGUCAAGUUGCUUUGUUCAUCAUCCUAACCCGGAUCUACCAUGCCUUUGGCCCCGAUGUGGAUUUAGAAGUCCUUGAGCACGAGCUGCCGAAAAUCGAAAUGUUCGACAAAGAUCUCGAGAACUGGAAGAGAUCCUGGUCGAGUCGAAUAGUGGGCAAUGAAUUUGUUGGCAGCUACCCGUAUAAAGGAAUAGCCCUGCAUUACAAUUUCUCCCGUCUGACAGUAAACUCCCUAGCUCUGAGAACUUAUCAUUCGGCGAAUUCGUUCCGGCCGCUUUCGGCAGAGCGCAAGAAAUACGUGGAGAUAGCCAUUGACUCUGCCAUGUCGACCUUGCAGAUGGUGCUGGACGAGCCCGACAUUCAAAAUAGUCUUGUGGGAGUGCCUCUCUUCUUACAUAGUAUGAUCACCUUUGCCGCCGUGUUCUUGCUCAAGAUCGCAGUCAAGGUGCACCCUAGCUGUGUGACCGCUCCUGUCAGCCAGCGAAACUCGCUCGCCGCAGCGGCCUUGCCAAUCGAUGUCUCGCGCGUGCUAGGGACGAUUGAGAAGAUUGUCGAUUUGAUGAUUUCAAUCAGCGAAAAGGCGAGCGAGCGACAUGUGAGCCAUCACAUCGCCCGGGGUCUGGGAAAGAUGAUGGAGGGAUUCCGAGAGUGGGAGGAGAAGCAUACAAGCCCUGGCAGACUGCCACCACGCCCGCAACAGCCAAGUUGGCUGCAUGAUACGCCUUCGCUGUUUAACCCAGUCUCUCUCAGCAAUCCGCAAACCAUUGGAGAGCGCGCGACAAUACUCAACCACCCACCGGCCAUGUUGGGUGUUGCGCCGCUCUCGUCGGAGCGUGGAAACAAUAACAAUAAUGGCGGGAAUAACAAUCACAGCAACAACAACAACAAUCAUAACAACCACAAUAAUAAUAACGGAUUCCCAAUGUCCACGACUGGGGCAAUGGAAAAGUCAUUGGGAGGCCUCUCUGAAGGGUCAUUGGAUCCCAUGAUGACGGACCUGUGGGGAUUCGACGAAGAGUAUUUCCCCACCGGAGUCUUUGAUUUCUUACAGUCACAAAUGCCGGCGUGA